AUGGAAUCGAACAUCAUGGACCAGUCGCCCUUGUCACCCCAAUCAAUAAUCCGGAAUUGGUAUUGGCGAUUUGGCAAGCUCAAGUACGAUCAUAUACAAAAUCGUGGAAAGGACAUCCAAGAAUAUGAACUUGGUGGGGCCUGUCAUUCUCUGGGGAAAAAUGAAAGUGGAUCUACCACUUCUCUGAUAUCACAACUUACCGUCUGCCUGCCUCAGAGUUUUGCCAACAAAGUAGACCAGAGGGUCCGGCGAGAAGAGGGCCGGCAGCAUGAAUGGGUGGUAGUAAAAUUCUGCUGGCAGCAAGUAACUACUGCAUGCAAUGUUUAAAUUCACCAUCUCGCCGAGAUGUUGAAAAUGCC